AUUUCAUAGACUUGAAUCUAAUGCCAAAUAUAUACCCCUAUUCAGAAUUCUUUUUGCUACACAAAAUAUAUAUCAAAUUAAAUUUCUAUGAUGAAGUACAGUGACGCGUGUUCUUUCUCAUAAUCAUAAACCUUCAAUCCUUGUUGCCAUGAUUUUCAAUCACCUAUUUUUUUUUUAAGAUUCCACUAAUUCCUCAUUUCAAUUCCUCCAUAACCAAAUGGCUUCUACUAAGGUAGUGGAGCACCUCAAGGAAAAUGUACUUUGGAAGGCCAUAAAACCUGCCGUAAAUAUCUUUUGCGACGGGGCUAACAACUAAAUAAGACGGGAACAACCGUCACACAUGCCUUUUACGACGGAGUAACGACGAGAUUUUUUAUCAAUGACAACCCCCUUUUAUGACGAGUUCGCAACAGGAAAUUCCGUCACUAUUGGCCUUUAGCGAUGGAAUUUCUCGUUGUUAAUGGAACAAUUUGUUGUAGUGAAAAUAUCUAUUUUUUAAUAAAUGUACUUAAAAUUAUUGAUGGAGUAUAUAUAUAUGAAUAAUAUAAAAAGUCAAAAUAAUGCAUCUAAUGUGAAACGAAACAGGAAAAGUAUUAGUUACUCCGUAUGAGUAAGAAGUUAAAGAACUACACUUAUGUGAAUAGAACAUGUCUAUUAUGUUCCUUAAAUGUGUCAAUCUUGUUUGCAAAUUAUUUUCCCUACUAAUCUUUCAUUUCACUUCCCUCUCCUCCGUUUUUAAUGUUCAUUUUGUUUAAAAUCUUCCAACAAUGUUUACUAAUUUAUUUUCAAUAUAUAAGACAAAAAUAUAAUCAUCUGGUUUUUGUUUAAUUGGUCUCAAUGAGUGUUUUAAGAAAAUUAAGUUUUUAUAAUUUUCACUAAUAUAAAAUUUAAAAUGUUGAUAUCAAAGAUGUACAAAUGUGUACGGCCAAAACAACAAGAUCAAUUAGAACUAAGAAAUGGACUACGAAACUGAUUGCAAUUAAUCACAGAUUCACAGAUUUUUCUUCAUGCGUGGUACGGAGUAUUCUUAACGGGGUAAGUGGGUAACAGCCGUAAACACCAGUUUCUAACCAGAAAUUUACGAUUUUUCCUUUUUUUGUUUUUUAAUUUUUUUUUACAUAGGAAAUAUACGAAUUUGACGGUGCAAAUAUCAAAUUCCAUCAUCACUGCUUUAUACUCCAAAACUUCAAUCCUAAUUAGCCAUGUGGCGCAUGUUUGUGCUUGGGAACUAGUUUAAAUAAAAUAAAAUAAAUAGUCUGGCUUAUAUGGUCAAUUUCAAUUAACUUCGUCCACAGAAUACGUUGUCUUAAGGUUCAUAACGAAUUUCUUAAACGAAUGUUGAAAAAUCAAAUCUAUACCUAGUAUUUAAAAAAGAAAACCAUAGACCAUUAGAUGACAUGUGUCACCCAUCUUUCAUAGAUCAUUAGAUGACACGUGUCACCUCAUCUUUCAUCCAUAUUUUUUUUUCAAUUUUUUAUUUUGUUAUAUGAAAUAUUUUACAGUUUCAACAUCUCUUCCCUUCAUCUUCCUCAUUCAACAUCAAUUCACCAUUUAGUUCAUAUAUUCGUUCAACCUUUUCUACUUCAUUUCCCUCUUUAACACUCAAUACUAAUUUAUAUAUUUUUCAGUUUUAAAUAUAACUCACAUAUAAAUCAUAUAUUCCCACUAAUUAAAAUCACAAACCCACAAUAAAACUAACACUUUAAAAGACGGUUUAAUAACCACUAAUAUGCCCGUUCUUUAAACGGGCUCAAAAGCUAGUUUAGUAUAAAAAAGGACUCGAUUUCUUUCAUUAAAUUUAUACUUUUACAUACGACGUCCAACAACAAAACUUCUAUUUUCUCAUCUUCAAGUUUAGCUUGUUCUUUGAGCAAGCAAUUAUGGACCGUAAUGCAAACAUAUCAGACCCUCCAUUUGAAGAGACAUACAAAAACCUCUUCCUAAAACACAAUAUUACACCCCUCACCACCACCACCACCACCACCACCACCACCGCGACCAUCGAAGUCCGUGACUUACCCCUAAUCGACUUGUCCCGGCUGGUGGCUACCGCGGCCAAAGAGCGAGAAAACUGCAAAAGAGACAUCGCGAACGCCUCGAGAGAGUGGGGGUUCUUCCAAGUGGUGAACCACGGCAUACCGCACCGUAUGUUAGAGGAAAUGAACAAGGAACAAGUGAAAGUGUUUAGGGAGCCAUUCAACAAGAAAAAAGGGGAUAAUUGUAUGAAUUUAAGGCUAUCUCCUGGAAGUUACCGUUGGGGUUCUCCUACACCUAAUUGUUUAUCACAAUUAUCUUGGUCUGAAGCUUUUCACAUUCCUAUGAAUGAUAUUUGCAGCAAUGCUCCUAGGAAUAUUGCCAAUGGAAAUCCUAAUAUCAGCAAUCUAUGCUCAACGGUGAAACAAUUUGCCACCACAGUAUCUGAACUAGCCAAUAAAUUGGCAAACAUAUUGGUGGAAAAAUUGGGGCAUGAUGAGCUGACCUUUAUUGAGGAAAAAUGUUCACCAAAUACAUGUUAUCUAAGGAUGAAUAGAUACCCACCAUGCCCUAAAUAUUCCCAUGUUCUUGGAUUGAUGCCACACACAGACAGUGACUUCCUCACAAUUUUAUACCAAGAUCAAGUUGGUGGAUUGCAGCUUGUUAAAGAUGGAAGAUGGAUAUCGGUUAAGCCUAAUCCCGAGGCUCUUAUUGUUAAUAUUGGGGAUCUGUUUCAGGCUUGGAGCAAUGGUGUGUAUAAGAGUGUGGUGCAUCGAGUUGUUGCGAAUCCAAGGUUUGAGAGAUUUUCAACAGCGUACUUUUUGUGUCCAUCAGGUGAUGCUGUUAUACAAAGUUACAGGGAGCCUUCAAUGUAUAGGAAGUUUAGCUUUGGAGAGUACAGACAACAAGUUCAACAAGAUGUUAGAGAAUUUGGUCACAAGAUUGGACUUUCACGCUUCCUCAUUUGCAACUAGUACUUGCCAGUAAUCUUUCCGUCUCUUUUUGUUCUUUGUUUUUAGAUUUUUUUGUGAGUUAAAAGAAAAAAACACUAACUAAAAAGAACAAAAAAAAGACACAAAAAAAUUUAUUUACAAACAAGUUUUUCUUAUGAUACAAACUAAGGUCUAAAAUGACUAAGAUUAAUAUCCUAAAACUGGGAUAGAGUCUCGUAAAGUCAAGGUACAUUCCUAGAACAAUUGCCACCCAGUCACACAGGUAAAAGUCAAAAAAUUUUGCCAUAGAUGGUCAACAAGGAUUAAUUAAUUGGUUUUAACGAGGAAAAACCCUCAAAAUAAUUCAAGCCAAAAAUAGAUACUCUCUUUUUUUUGUUUUUUUUGUAUACACUUUUUAUUUGACCCUAUUUUAUGUGGUUACACUGCUACUUUAUUCCUAUAUGGUAAAGUAUUAUACUUGUAACAUUAUUCUCUCAUUUUUUUUAUACACAAACCCCACCAAUUUUCUUUCUCUUAUGCUCCACUAAAAUCUUGGGUACAUAAUAACCAUAACCAACAAAAAAAAAAACAUAGGAGUGCAUUAAUUGUCAACUAGGAUAAAGUUUGUGUUUAUAUUUGAGGAUGUUUGUUGCUAGAUAUAUUGCUAGCACAAAGAAUUAACUAUUGUAACUUUAUUUUGUAUUUUAUCAAUUUCACAGCGUUGAUGGCAUUGUAAAUGAUAUUGUACGAUUAAUAAUUUAAUAUUAGGGUACUUUCCAUUCAGUUUAA